AUGAAUUGUUCAAAAGCUUCGGGAGAUGGACUCGCGAAUAACGUUAAUGCAAAGUAUAUGUUUAUCGUAGAGUGGUACGAUCCAGUAGCGCAAAUAAUAAAAAAAUUUUUAAUGACAUUUUAUCCAGCUGAAAACUCUGUGGAAUUAUAUGAUUUAAUUCAUCAAAGAACAUUUUUAAGAAAAUCAAAACAGGAGGGAAUGAAUUUAGAAAAUUUAUACAAAAGUGCUAUAGUUACAGUAAUGUCCAGACAAAUGAAAAUUGUAGAUUAUGCAGAUGCUAAAACAAAACAAAAAUUUGAAGUAGAAUUGACUAAAACAUUUUGUUUGAUUAAGCCAGAUAUUGUUCAUAAAUCUGGAGAAAUAAUCAAGUUCAUGCAAGAUAACGGUUUUAAAAUUAUACAAUUAAAAAUGGGACAAAUGAGUCAAGAGUGUGCUUCCAAUUUCUAUGUAGAACAUAAAAAUGAAACAUAUUUAGUUGAUUUAAUUACAUUCAUGUCAUCGGGUCCAAGUAUUGCAAUGACUGUUAUCGGAGUAAAUGCUGUUCAAAGGUGGUUAGAUUUUAUCGGCCCGAGAGAUUCUGAAAUUGCUAAAAGAGAAGCUCCAGACACUUUGAGAGCAAUUUAUGGUACAAAUAUGACAAAAAAUGGUGUCCAUGGUAGCACAGACAUUGAACAUGUUGAGUGGGAGUCAGAAAUAUGGUUUCCAAAAGAUGUUUCUAAAAAAAAUUUCAGUGAUAUAAUGCCUAGUUGUACUUUAAAAAACACCACUUGUUGUGUAAUAAAACCACAUUCAGUUUUAGAUGGCACUUUUGGCUCAAUAUUGAAUUUUAUCAAUGAAAAUAAUUUUAGAAUCACUGCAAUGGAAAUGUUUAAUUUGGAUGUUUCUACAGCAGAAGAAUUCUUAGAAGUGUAUAAAGGUGUUGUGCCAGAAUACUCUGCCAUGGUUCUUCAAUUUACAUCGGGACCCAUAGUUGCACUUGAAGUUACUGAUUUGUCAAAUCCUGAAUGCUCCCAAGAAAAUUUUAGAAAAUUGGCUGGUCCAACUGAUCCAGAAAUUGCUAGAAAGCUGAGACCCAAUACAAUUAGAGCAAUAUUCGGAAAAGACAAAGUAAUGAAUGCUGUUCAUUGUACGGAUUUAGCAGAUGACGCACCUUUAGAAGUCGAAUAUUUUUUUAAAGUUUUACAAGUUUAA